UCCAAACACGUCUCUCCUGCGAAAUCGAUCUGCUCUUUCAGUGAAAUCGAUCUUCUCCUUCAACGUUGUCUGCAACUCCCUCCAUCGACCUCUUCCUCAAGAUGAGUCAGCAACAAAAUGAUGCAUAUUUCACCAACUUGAUGAAUGAUGGGACUGAUUAUGAAUUUAUGGAUGAACCUCUUGACCAAGGGGAUCAGUCUUCCCCAAUCUCUCCUCAAAUAGAAACCACCAAGAAACCACAACGAGGUGGCAACUUCACUACAGAAGAAGACAGUAUGCUCAUAUCGGCGUGGCUUAACAUUAGCUUAGAUCCAGUGCAAGGGAAUGAACAAAAAUCAAAGGCUUAUUGGCUAAGAGUGUGGGAGUAUUUCCACCAGUACAAAACUUUUUCAUCUAAUCGUAGUCAAACUUCUUUAAUGAACCGUUGGUCAGCAAUUCAACUUGCCACGAAUAAGUUCAGUGGGUGCUUCGCCCAAAUCCAAAGGUUGAAUCAAAGUGGAAAGACUGACAAAGAUAAGAUUCUUGAUGCGAAGAAAUUAUACAAAGAGUUGUACAAAUCGUCAUUUCCAUUUGAACAUUGUAGGCAUGAGUUAAGAGAUCAACAAAAAUGGCGAGAAGAAUAUAGCAUGAAGAAACAAAAACCAAAAAAAGUGGCAACUCCCGGCGUUUGUUCUCCUAGUGCACCGGAUUCAAUCAAUUUAGAGGACAAUGAUGUUUCACAUAAUGACAAUGAAGAUAGAAAGAAAAUGAAUGACAAGAAAAUAGAGAUGUAUGAAAGGUCGUAUCUUCAAGAGCAAGAAAAGAUUGAUAAUGAGAAAAAGAGGACGCAAACGGAACAAGAAAAGGUUGAUAAUGAGAAAGAGAAGAUACGAAUGGAACAAUUGAAGGAGGAAGAGCGAAUAAUGUCAAUAGAUACAAGUGGUCUGCCUUCAUUGCAAGCAGAAUACCUUCAUCGCCGCCAAAUGGAAAUUCUCCAAAAAAAGAUUUAG